AUGGCUUUCAAACACCAGCAGCGAAUGGAGUUUACACAGGAGGUGUACGAAAGGCACGUGGGGAACGCCGAACGCGCCGCAGUCGCCGCGCUGGCCGAGCGAAGCGACGAGAAGACGUCCGAGAACGGAUGGACUCAGUGUUUCAAUAGCAUGGGCUGGAAUGUCAUGGCAAGGCAAUUGUCUAGCACGCACGAGUACCUGUGCAUUGGCACGUUGCACACGACGUUGAUAGCCCUUCAGGAGGCGCUGUUCGCGGCAUCGACGACGGAAUUUCAGGCACUGAGUGCGGUGCUGUACGAGGAUGCCGUGACCGACGCCGCCGUGCUGAACAUUAUGCGCCAAAGGACCCAUGCGGAUCGUGGCCAAUUCCUCGGAGUCAAGUUCCUCCAGCUGCGAGUUCCUGUGACGAGUGGCGCCGAUGUUGACCAAGAGCACAUUUACUUGGAGUACUGUGGCACACGACAGGACAGCCAAGGGCGCAAGACUUGGUGUGUUGUCACUGAGCCCUUGGCGAUCGAGCCACAGCACAGCUCCAAAGCUCGACACGCCCUCGGCGAACGCAAGUUCAAGAUCAGUGCAUCCAUGAGCGACCGCUGGACAAGUGUCAAGCUAUUUCGCGAAUUGCCGGACGGCAGCGUUCAACUGACGGUGCGCGCAAAGCUCCAAGCCUGGACCGGACUCGAUUUACAUGCUCCCCGGACAAAGCUAACUGACGCCGCAGAACUUCACCAUCGUCAUAAAUGCCUCGGUCCUGUCGGGCCCGUCGCAGCACGAGCCAAACCUUCCGGUCAGCUGACAUUGUGGAAGAGCAUGGGGCUGUUUAUUCCGAGUGGACUUGCAAAGGAGUUGGGGUGCUUGAGUCGCCUCGAGUCUGUCCCUGCGUUUCGACGGCUAACGGCGGGGCCAUUCGCCGCCCACGCUGCGAUUGGCAGAGUUUGCCACGUGUGCCUCAAGUCCUUUCAUCUGCUUCGUCGAAGCAGCUCGUGCCGGAGAUGUGGUUUGGGAAUGUGCGGGCAGUGCACAGUCGCGUUGCAUUGUGUCGACCGAACACGGGUCGGAAUAUCGCCGCCGACGUUUUCAAUCCAACACUUCUGCAAGUUGUGUUUGGUCCAAUGCAAGGUCGAGUCGACGAAAUGCGACGACCCCGCCGACCUCGAACUGGGACGCAGUGGUGCCGUUGAUGAGCUGUCCCUGCCUUCUGGCGCCAGUCGCAAUUUUAUAUUCGACGACAGCAGCAGUAGCUCCAUGUCAAGCAGCAGUGGGCAUUCCAUUCCACGUGUCCUGCUUCAGCAUGUCGAUCGCGACUCGAUCGAAUCGCCGCGAGUUCGCACGCCAACCUCGAACGUGUACGCGCCCGCGAUUGCGUUUGUCGUAUCAUCCUUCGCCGACUUGGAGAUGCCAAGCCAAGCUGUCACAGGAUCUCCAUCGUCCCCCAUGCCCAAGCUCAAGAUACGACACGGUCAGCAGGUUUUGCAUCGAGGCUAGUCUCGCAUGGACGGAGGAAGAUGAUUUCCAGUAUGGAAGCCAUCCACCACGUCUGACUGGCAUCGAGAUGGCCC